CUAGCAGAGAUGGACGUGUUCAAUGUACAGGAACUCUCCUUUUCUCUCGUCCGUGAUCAACCUUACCUGUCUGCCUUCCUCCUCGUGAUGGGAUCCAUUGGUGUUGGUCGCGUCAUCUACCAAACCCUUUCAGUUUUUCUGCAGACAUUUAUCCUACCGGGAACGAACCUCAGGAAGUUUGGCGCGAAGAAGGGUGCUUGGGCUGUCGUCACAGGAGCGACUGAUGGUAUUGGCAGGGAAUUCUCGCUUCAGUUGGCAAAAGCGGGCUUCCACGUUUUCCUCGUUGCUAGAAACGAGGCACUGCUUGCGUCUACGGCUGCGGAAAUAGAACAAAAAUAUGGAGUAUCUACUGCAACGCACUCCAUCGACUUUUCAAAGGCUGAUAAAUCAGCCUACAAUUCUCUCGGAAGUUCCCUCGGCAGUGUAGACGUCGGUGUCUUGGUGAACAACGUUGGGAAAUCCCAUGCUAUGCCCGCUUAUUUUGUGGAUACUCCCGAGGAGGAGAUGUCCGAUAUUGUGUCAAUCAAUGUGCAGGCGACUCUGCAGGUUACCCACUCGGUCCUGCCCGGCAUGGUUCAGCGAAAACGCGGGUUGAUUCUUAACGUUGGAUCGUUUGCGGGUGCUGUGCCAUCGCCCAUGCUUGCAACAUAUUCAGGGACCAAAGCGUUCCUCACUACGUUCUCAAGUGCGUUAGGCGAGGAGGUCAGAAAGGACAACAUUACUGUCGAACAUUUGAACACCUAUUUUGUUGUGUCGAAGCUCUCCAAGAUCCGCAAAGCGUCGGCCCUCAUACCUAAACCAGAUGCCUAUGUUCGUUCUGUAUUGUCAAAGAUCGGUCUGCCGUGUGGUGCUAGCUACAGUGGUCGACCGAACACGUCAACUCCGUUCUGGUCACACGCGCUUCUGGACUACGGCCUGACGUUGAUUGGGCUUCAGAGUGCAUUCAUCAGUUAUACGCACGGCCUUCACAAGGAUAUCAGACGGCGUGCGCUGCGAAAGAUGGAGAGAGAUGCGAAGUUACAGUGACGGUAUGGUGAUUGUUAGAAUACGUAUUUUUGCUUGUUUGUGUUGGAAUGCGAUUGCAGCAUGUCCAUUGUG